ACGCAUUAGUUGGGUUUGUUUAGGCUGUGCUAAGCUUCUUGGGUUUAGCUUGUCCGCUAAAAUACGUUUAAAUAAGUAUUUUGUUUAGAAGGAAAAGGAAAAUAUAUCAAAUCAGAUAAACAUGGAAUCUCGGUUUUCUCGCCACCGACAGCGGGACACGAGCGUCUCGAUGCUGAGGGUGAAAAUGUCCCGCAGGAGGUCUCAGUCCCAAAAGGAGAAUCGAGAACGGACUGUGAACACACGCAGGCAGCUGGAUAAACUCCCCGAGCUGGAAACAUCGUCCCUGAAUGUCUCCGUAGCAACAGUCAACAUGUCGACUAUUCAAGAGAAGCAGACCUCCACCAAGACUGCUAAAACUAUUGCCCAAGAGGAGAGAAUGAAACGGCUCGAGCGCUGGAAAGAACAGAAGGCCCUUGAGAAGGAGAAGGAAAAGAGAGAAAAGGAGCGCAAAGGAGUAUUUAAAGUUGGCCUCUAUCAGCCAAAUGACACCAUUAACUUUUCCUUGCUGCCCUCAGUCCAACCUACUUCAUCCAGACUGAAGGAGAAAAAGGUGACAUCUCAGAGUACCAGAGUCACCCGUUCAAUGACGCAGCGUCAAGUAGCACAAAAGCCUCUGACGUUGCAGAAACCAGCAAACGGAGCAGAACCAUCAACCAGAGCCCGCCUCGCUGUCGUCAAGCCUCAAGCAGCUGCUGCCCAGGCCAGAGCCGGUGCAGGCUGUCCUGCCGUCCAGGCUCCCACACGAGCUUCAACCAUAUCGGCCAGCACGUCUCUCGUUACAAAAGCUCUUGUGACGAAAGAUGAUCGUAAAGCCAGGGCUGCAAAUGUGAGAACAACAAGGUCCAGAGCUGUUGUCAACCCUCUGCCUCCUCCCUCUGGUGAAGGAGAGAAGUGUAAAGCUGCGAGAAGCACCACAAACACUGCUGCCGUCGAGGAGCAAGAACCGAGGGAGCACCAGGAGGAAACACUAUGUCCUCCCAGCCCACAGCCCUGUCCYGAGGAGGAAGACAUGGCAGUGGACCAAGCUCCAGAGGAUUCUGUUCCUGUCAGGAACUCKGUCCGUCAGUCUUUUGCUCCGGAAGGUUUUACCUUCCAGGCUCCUGCUGGCAUGUCGUCUUUUAAGUUUGAGCCCCUGACUCCUCGCUCGGCCGACGCCUUCCUGACACCGAGUUCCAGUUUUAACGUUCCAGCUUCGGUGGUAACGCCUGAGCUGCAGCCUCAGCCCAGUGAAGCCACGCCUCCAAAGACUCCUCAUACAUCUCCUGCAGUUGCUCCUCCGACUCCAGGAAAUCCCCUGGAAUCAAAACACAAUGUACCUUACUUCAGAUCGGAGAUCGCCAAUGAAACAGACAGACUGACGGCUCUUUGUCACAUCUGGGAGGCUAAAGUGGAUGAUGAGAUCAUUCCAGAAGAAAUGAGGGAUGGCAUGCGUACGGCUGUGGGUCAGGCGAGGCUGCUGAUGAAGGAGCGUUUCAAGCAGUUCAGCGGACUGGUGGACGACUGUGAGCUGGGGCGCGGGGAGAAGAUCACCACCUGCACCGACCUGCAGGGAUUCUGGGACAUGGUUUAUUUCCAGGUGGAAGACGUGAACAAAAAGUUUGAAGCACUCAAAGAGGCAGAGGGUCGAGGCUGGGUGGAGGAGCACAAGUCUCCUCCACGCCAGAAGAAAAUAGUAAAGAAACUACCAGCUGCCCCACCUGCCAAACCAGCAGGAACCAAAGCUGCGGCUAAGUCUCGUCUGGCUGCUGUAAAAGCUGCUAUGAGAGCCAAACAGCAGGCAGCUGAGGCUGAGAAAGCAGCAAACGCUGAAAACCCCGCCCCUCAGGAGCCACAAGCCCAGGCAGCGGACAGAACUCUGGAAACUGUCGUCUUUGAUGGAGGUUUCUUUAAGGUGGAGAGCCCGGCCAAGGCACCAGCUCGGAGAUCGAGCCGCCCGAGUGCCGCCGUGCUUCCUCAGGCGUCUCCCUGCUCCCUGCUCUCACCCAGAAGAGCCACUCRCAGGUCCCUCGCGCUGGCCCGGACUCCCGUCAGCGCGAAGCCUUCUCCUGCUCAGCCCGCCCACUCUCCAGGGCAACCCCGCCUCACCCUGGAGCAAACUCCAGCAUCGAGGUCUCGGCCRUGCACUCCUCAGAGCCGACGGGAUGCGGUAAACCCCUCCCUUUGGUUCUCACCUGUGAAGGAAGUGCUUUCAGACGAGGCCCAGCCUGAGCAGAGCCCCACACAGCAGUCAGAAAGUGUCUGUAUGCAGGAAGCUUCUGCAGAGGAGGAGGACAAUAAAGCAGCAAUCACCACAAGCAAAACUCUUCCACCGGUCCUGCAGGCCCCCGAGCCUCCAUCCUCUCUGAGUUUCACGCUGUCGCCCCGUGGAUCUCCUGGCUACGCACCYGCCUCCUCUCCUGCUGUGGAGGCCCAGCAGUCUGUGUGUCACACGCCCAAUAGUUCUGUCACUGAGGAACUUCCUGGUUUGGAUUUUGAGCGCUACCUCCAGCCUUCACAAAGAUGCAGCCUGUCACCAAGAGAUGCGGCUGCUGGAGAGAUGAUGUCACCUGAGAGAGCAGACGUAGAGAUGGAGAGUCCCCGAGGGCAACCUGAGGAACUUCUCAUGCAGCAGGAGCCAGCAUUCACAGCGGUGUCUUCAGUCUUUACUCUUCCAUCACCACAGGUUGAGGUCCAGACUGCUGAGUCCGACCUGCUCCUCUUCACCCCGGACAUGAGGGACAGGAUACGGGAGUCUGUUUGUCCCAGGGACCUUAUGGUCUUCACCCCACCUKCCAACAUGUAGACAGAGAAUGUCAAAAAAAUUAAAAGAUUGUUUUUGAUGCCUUGUUUUUUGUUUGUUUGUUUGUUUUGUUUUUUACAUGAAUAUACUUUGAUACUGUCUUUUAAACCCGUGUUUUUUUGACUGAGUUGUUUUGAGUAGUAAAAAAAUAUUUUUGUUUUGCAUAAAGUUAUAAAUAAAGUUCAAACAGGA